AUGGAGAGUAGCAAGGCGAAGGAAGAAAGUUUGCCAAGAGCGAAGUCGAGGACUGGAACAUGUGGUCGCUGCUCUUGGGGGAGGCUGAUGUUGCUGCAAAGGACGAUUUGGACGCUAUGGACGUGGACGCGUCAUGAUUUAUUCAGCUUAUUUGAGUUGAACGCCAACCACGGAUUCUCAAGUAGAGUCAGGCAACUUCAGUCAGAGAACAAGUCGCAGUGCGCAUUCGACGUAUCCCUUUGCCCGUUGUCUCAAUCGUGUAUUUAA